AAACAUUGAUACAGACAUGGAUAUCAUUUCCCAAAGUUGCCAACACCAUUUAUCGUACGGUGUAAGCACUAGCACUAUCGGAAAAUCAUAUGGACAUUGGACGUUUCAGGAAUUCUUCCAAACCUGCCGAAGACCUCUACCGUGCGGACACCCCUGCGGGGGGAUCCCCAGCGAGAACUCCUGUGCUCCCUGUCUGGUGGAGGGGUGUCAGCCUCACCCUUACUACGGGGACGGCUGUUGCCCUGUGUGUGCCGAUCCGUGGGCGUCAAACGCCGUCAUACAGCUUGAUUGUGGCCACAUAUUUCAUCACACCUGUAUCAAACAAAUGCUACAAAAUCGCUGGCACGGAUCCAGAAUUACGUUUGGGUUUAUGACAUGCCCACUCUGUAAAAGUUCCAUCAGCCACCCUGACUUGUAUGAAAUCAUGAGUCAGCUGAUUCACUUGUACGAUCAAAUAAAGUCAAAGGCUCUGACACGACUUCAGCACGACGGGUUGUUUAAUUCAAGUGACGUCACAGACCCGUCAGGGAAAUAUUUCCAGGACCCCACUGGAUUUGCUAUGGACAGAUACGCUUACUACAUGUGUUCAAAAUGUCAGCAGCCUUACUUUGGAGGAGAAGGGCGUUGUCAAGAAUCCGUGGAGGAAGUGGAUCCGUCAGAUUUGGUUUGCCCUCAAUGUUCCGACACCACCAAAAACAAGAUCUGCUCCAUUCACGGCGCUGAGUAUGUGCUAUACAAAUGUCGAUACUGUUGCUCGCCAGCUCUUUUUCACUGUUUCGGUACCACUCAUUUCUGUGACCCCUGUCACAGUAACCACACAGCAGUCCAUGGCAAACCAGCAUCCAGCUUACCCAAAUGUCCUGCAGGACCUUGCGGGAAGCAACUCCCUGGCUCUGUUUGUCCGCUGGGGAUGGACCACCCUCCCACGGGGGAAGAAUUCGUCAUCGGCUGUGCCAUGUGUAUCAACACUCACUCAUUUUGAAAUCAUUGUACAAAGUUUGUUUUCAAUAAAAUGUUUUUGUUAUACA